CCCCGCCCCUUCCCCGGGCGGCCGCGGCGGGGGGGAGGAGGAUGAGGGGGCGCCGUGGCGGCGAUUGUUGUGCAGCCGCGCUCGUCUGACCGGGCCCCGCGGUCCGUCCGUGCCGCCCUCCGUGCGCCCCGCACCGUGCCGCCGCCAGGGGCGGGGGAGUCGCGGAGAGUGGAUGCCUAGCGGGCACCCCCGGGGCAGAGACCCGCGGACGCCAUGGGCUGCUGCAGCUCCGCCGCGCAGAGCUCCAAGCGAGAAUGGAAGCCUCUGGAAGAUCACAGCUGCACAGAUGUACCAUGGCUGCUCUUAUUCAUCCUCUUCUGCAUAGGAAUGGGUUUUAUCUGUGGCUUUUCAAUAGCUACAGGAGCAGCUGCAAGACUGCUUUCAGGAUAUGACAGUUACGGAAAUAUUUGUGGACAGAAAAAUGUCAAGGUGGAGGGAAUAGUCAACAGUGGUCUGGACCUCACACACAAGAAGUAUGUAUUCUUCUUGGAUCCAUGCAACAUUGAUCUAGUACAUCAGAAGAUUAAGUCCAUUGCCUUGUGUGUAUCAGCUUGCCCAAGGAAAGAACUGAAAACUCUGGCUGAUAUUCAGAAAUUUGCAGAAACUAAUGGAUCCUCUCUGUGUAGCUAUGAACUACAGCCAUCAGAAUAUACUACAGACCCAAGGGCUGCCAAGUUAUGUCCUAAAUAUCCUGUUCCAGAGAGUGCACCUAUUCCAUUCUUCCAUCGCUGUGCUCCUGUGAACAUUUCCUGCUAUGCCAAGUUUGCAGAGGCCCUGAUCACCUUUGUCAGUGACAGUAGUGUCUUACACAGGCUGAUUAGUGGAGUUAUGACCAGCAAAGAGAUUAUAAUGGGACUUUGCUUGUUAUCACUAGUGUUGUCCAUGAUUUUGAUGGUUAUAAUAAGGUACAUUUCAAGAGUACUGGUCUGGAUUUUAACAAUUCUUGUCAUUCUGGGAUCACUUGGUGGUACAGGAGUCCUGUGGUGGCUCUAUGCUAAACGACGAAUGUCUGCCAGUGGUCUUGAGAAUCAAAUAGCCAAAGACAAUCUUCAGGCUCUCUUGAUCUAUGCCAUUGCAGCUACAGUCUUYACGGUUAUCUUGUUCUUGAUCAUGUUAAUUAUGCGCAAAAGAGUAGCUCUCACCAUUGCCCUGUUCCAUGUGGCCGGCAAGGUCUUCAUUCACCUGCCGCUGUUAGUCUUCCAGCCAUUUUGGACAUUCUUUGUGCUUAUCCUCUUCUGGACAUACUGGAUCACAGUCCUGCUUUUUCUUGGUACUACAGGUAGCCCUGUCCCAAAUGAAGAGGGAUUUGUUGAAUUUCGGAUGUCAGGUCCUUUGAAAUACAUGUGGUGGUACCACGUAGUGGGACUCAUCUGGAUCAGCGAGUUUAUCCUAGCCUGUCAGCAGAUGACAGUAGCAGGGGCUGUUGUAACAUACUAUUUUACAAGGGAGAAAAGAAAUCUGCCGUUGACUCCUAUUCUGGCAUCUGUUAGUCGCCUUGUUUGUUACCACCUAGGAACAGUAGCAAAGGGGUCUUUCAUUAUCACACUGGUGAAGAUUCCACGAAUGAUUCUUAUGUAUAUUCACACACAACUCAAAGGAAAAGAAAAUGCUUGUGCUCGCUGCAUGCUUAAAGCCUGCAUCUGCUGCCUUUGGUGUCUGGAAAAGUGCCUGACAUACUUAAAUCAGAAUGCAUAUACAGCCACAGCUAUCAACAGCACCAAUUUCUGCACCUCAGCAAAGGAUGCCUUUGUUAUCCUAGUGGAAAAUGCUUUGCGAGUCGCUGCCAUAAAUACAGUUGGGGAUUUUAUGCUGUUUCUAGGAAAGGUCUUGAUUGUCUGCAGCACUGGUUUGGCUGGCAUUAUGUUGCUGAAUUACCAACGAGAUUACACCAUCUGGGUGCUGCCACUCAUCAUUGUCUGCCUCUUUGCAUUCCUGGUUGCUCACUGCUUCCUUUCCAUUUAUGAAAUGGUUGUUGAUGUCCUUUUCUUAUGUUUUGCCAUCGAUACAAAAUACAAUGAUGGGAGCCCUGGGAGGGAAUUCUACAUGGAUAAAGUUCUCAUGGAAUUUGUGGAGAAUAGUAGGAAAUCUAUGAAAGAAGCUGGCCGCGGAGGUGGAGCUGAGGGCAGAGAGCUAAAACCAAUGGCCUCUGGAGCAAGUUCAUCUUGAAACUAGCCAGCCAUAUUGGAACCCAUUGACAUUCCAAAACAGUAUAUAUAUACAUAUAUACAUACAUAUAUAUAUAUAUAUAUAUAUAUAUAAAAGUAAACAGCCAAAAUCAGAGAAAAGGAACAGGGAUUUAAAACUUUUUUUAACAAUUAUUUUUGUGAAACAUGUACUCUUUUCAUACGGGUGGCUUUUACAAGCAGCUUUAUCAUUGUUUCAUUUCUUAAAUUAUUCGUUGUGAUCAUGGAAAUGUUGAUUCUUAUCUGCUUGAUAUUUUAAAAUCUGGAGGAGGUAUCAUUGUAAACAUAAUCCGAAAUCAUGACUGGGUUUAGAGACAGAUUUCCCAUGAUACUGCUAAUCUGCUGAAAGUUUUGCUUGUUUAAUUUCUUUCAAAUUUGCAUUAWAUUUGGGACAGUGACAUGUGCAGAAAACCUUAAAAUCAAGAAAGGUCUCAAAUUCAGUUUUUCAGGAGGUGGUUUCAGUGAGAAUUCAUUCAGUUCAAAUGUGUUUGCAGGCAUAUUUUACUUUACAGCCCUGGCAGGGCACAGUUUUGUUUAACAGUAUCAGAUAUCACAAUAACCAACUCCUCAGGUAUUUAGGUGUGUGGGAGCCCUUGCAUCUCCUAUUAAACAGAACCUACAAAAUGGGGACAGCUAAUUUUUAUAUGCAAUUGACUUCCUGCUUACCCUACUUAGUCCUGAUACCCAUUGCCCUCUGUCCUCCCGUUGAGUUCAGUAGCCUCCUUCACACUUCAGUGUUCCUUUGAAGGGUAUGGAUUCUCCAUACGGGCAAUUGAAAUAACAGAUUGUUAAAGCUCUGUCUUAGCCAUACUCAUGAUUAAUUCAUGACUAGAUACAAAGAUGCUGAGGAUGGGAAGAGAAAUGAACUGUACUACUGUACAUAAAAAAAGUGCUGUAUGCUUCAUUUCAUCUAAUGAGAGAGCUCUGGGAGGUAGAAGGGAUCAUUCCUUGCCUGUUGUUUAAUCCAUAUUUGUACAUACUGUAGUGGGUGACUAAAGCCAGACGGGGCAGAGAAACAUUCCUUUGGAAGUGUAACUGCCAGGAUAGUUAUCUGAAGUUAUUAAAUAAUGACAAGAGAACAGGCUUUUUUAUUAUUAUUAUUAUGAUUAGAUACAUAAAUUACUUUUCAGUCUGGAAGCCCACCAGAUAUGAAUGCUAAUAUUCAAUUAUUCCGCAUAGUGAAAUGGUAAAUGCUUAAGUGUAUUUGCUAAGAGUUAUGAUCUGUCUAUGCUAUAUAUUCCUUUUGUUACAAUUUUUUUAAGAAAACUAUUUUUGUUAUUGUAAAGUUAAUAUUUCAGAGCAGAAUUUUUAAACUUAUUGCACUAAAUACAAGCUGUCUACAAAUAAUGAUGCCUCAGUGGUUCAAUCACUCCAUUCAAGAAAAUCCUUUGAAAGAGUAAGAGCCUUUCUAGAGAAGCUUUGUGAUGGAGAGGUAUGUCUCUGUAGAGACAUGCACAACUCACGUUAUCAAGAUUUAGUAAGCAGUUACCUGUGCUUCCUUUCAGAUGAUCAGACUUUUAAAUUGCUGCUGAAAGUUCAAAAAAUUAUGUAGUAUCAUGUAGCUAAUUAGUGCUCUUAUCUUUUGGCAAUAGUAAAAUGUUUCACUUUUGCUUCCAGAAGUCAUCUGAUAACUUAAAUUUGUUACACUUUUUUUCUGUAAGMCAGUUAAAACUAUUUACAGUUUUCAUAUCCAUAAACCCCAAACUAUUGGAAAGAUAUGAAAAUAAAAAUAUAUUUAGAAAGGAUAACUACUGGGGAGGCUAAGGGAAGAAUUAUCCAGUCCUGGAAGCACUUACACAGUCAUUUAAGUGAACCAUGUAUGUAACCCCACUACCAUCAGGAGGGCUCUCUAAGUACAGAAGUURUGACUUACACAUCUGUGUAAGCACUGACUGGAUUAGAACUUCAGCCUAGGGAUUCAAAAUGGAGCACUGGUGAGGCCUCUCAGCGCAAGUUAGAGGUCAGACUUGCCCAGAAGAARCACUGGGAGCAGCCUUACUCUUGUACAGACGAAAUAUUUCUGCAGUACCAGUGUCUAAGACAGCAGUAGCACUAACACGAGUAUUUGUGUAGAUCAGUGGGGUUUAGCAAAUUUUAAAAUUGGCUCAGAUGAGUCCUMGAAACUGGUUUUCAAGGCUAAAAUACUUAUCAAAUACCCAGUUGCUUCCAGAGAAACCAGUUUUCUUCUUGUUUAGACGUAAUUGGAGGUGCUUAAUCAAAGAAGCCUUUAUUCUGCUCAUUUUGUUAAAAAAAUUCUGACAUGGUUCUACAAGUUUGUGUUCUCUGCUCACUGGAAGUUUUGAGUAGGGACUUUCCUCUGUAAUUGCAACUAGGACUGCAGUUGAAAACAAAUUUUGUAUUUUUGUAUGACUUGACUGUGCACCAUUUUUAUAGCAGUUUAUCCUGUCUUAAAAUUUAUUUAUUUACAUGGUGUUUAAAAGAUACAGGCAGCACUUUUCUAUUGGUAGUUGUAAUGUUUAAGUGAAAAGCCUAUAUCAUUACAAAGUUCUUAAUAAAAACGUGUGCACCAUUCUGAGUGUAUAUCCAGCAUGCGGAGCUUUUCAGUCCUGCCAAAAAGGCAUUCCAUCCACACACAGACUUUCCAGUAGCCCUUUAAAGCUUUUGAAUGUCCUUUGAAGUUCAUUUGCAACCAAACUACAAGCUGCCCUCUUCUAGGGCUGCUCUGUCUUGUGCACAGAGAUAAGCAGAAGACGGGAUUCUGAAGAGACAACUUUUCAGGACCAAUUUAGACUCUGCUUUCCUUUUGGAGUGGGGAUAGAGGAGUGGGAGGACAUUUUGGCAUGUAAAUUCCAUAUAUAAAUUUUGGCAGUAGGGGUGCUGGGGUCUGCCAGCUAUGAUGAAUUAAAUACUUUUUCUGACUGUUGGUUAUUAAAGCCAGUGUAUGGACUGCUUUGUGGGAAGCAGUCUAGACUUUGUAGAGAGCGAUGCUGCACUGGGAAUAACAAUGCAGGAGGAGCAGACGAGACAGCUGAAACAGAAAUAAUCUCAGAAAGUCCAUUGAAUUGAGUAGUGCUCAAAGAGUGGAGAUUUAGGCUGAGCAAGUUGGAUUUAGAAACAUUGGGAAUGCUGCUUCCCAGCACUUGGUUUCUGCAUCAAAGCCUCCGACCAGCUAGGUUUYGAAGGAAAAAAGCGUGCCAUUCCUCAAGUUGUUAAUUUUUUUUCCACAAUAUUUUACUCUCUGUUUUAUAUGGAAGUUGAAUAGCACUGUGUCAUCUYUAUUGCUUCUUCCAGCCCUGGAGAAUACUUUUUGGUUGUUCUUUUGGGUCUCAUUGCCAUAUUGCUCCUUGAGUGAAGGAGUGCCAAGUGGCAGAGUGCCAGCUCCCCUUUGUCCCUCCAUCUUACCAGAUUCCCUUUUACCUUCCUGAGGCAAUGAUUCAGGAUAUCACCUGGGCUGAAUGGGAGGGGGAGUAGGUGCUGAGCUAAAGUUCUGAGGUAGGAUUUUUUUGUGGUAUUACUUCAUCACUGGUGGUUAGCAGUGCAAUCAAUCAUUUCUAUAGUUUCACUGCUGCUCCACAGCUAGACUUAACACAYAGUAUGGCCAGCUUAGAGUUGCCCAACCCCAACUGACUGCUGGGGUGGUAGAGUGGGAAAAAGAGAAGGCCUUGACCUUGUGCAAGCACUGCUCAGCAACAGCUUUGUGUUACCAACAUGACUUUAGUUUGAGAUGUGAAAUACAUCACCUUGCGUGUUGCUGAAAGGAAAAUUAACUCCAUCCAGCCCAACCCAGUAAACAGGUCCACUUAUCCAAUAGCUAAUCCAAGACUAGCUCCUUGCAUUUCUGUACAGCAUCUUCUCAGGGUGGUUACUUCUUUCUGAAAGGGCUUUUUUUGCAGCAGGCAAUUAGCCUGCUCCACAGUGCUCCCUUUCAUUGAGGGAGCAGGGGAUGUUAGCUCUUACUCUUUCAGUACAUAAUGGGGAUAUAAAGCAAAAAUGAGCCCUUUCUGUGACAGUGUUCUGCUGAUUGAGCAGCCAGUGUUGGAGACAACAUACUUAAUGUGCCCUCAGGGCAUGCACUUUAGUGGUUUGCUCUGAGUGAUUAUGAUGUAUUCUAUGAAUGUAUGUUAUAGAGUCAGAAUAAAAUGCAUGUAGCAGACAUAUACUCAUGACCAUCUAGUGAGCAUUUAGUUUCAGAGUGCAUAUUACAUGCUGUAUUGAAUAUGGCACAGUCAUUUUAAGAAACAACCUUAACAUUUAUAAGUAGAUACCUAACAGCAUUCCUGUUUUUUUAAAUCAUGGCUUGGCCUGUGCAGAUACUGUUUACUAAAUCAAAGUAUCACUAGCCCAUUGUUUCUUGAAUAGCUUGUGUCACAUUAUCAACACAGAAAUCCAAUUUCAUCUUUGUGGAAAAAAUACCAAACAACAAAACAACCCUUGUGUUUCCCAGCACAAAACCCAACAGGCUUAUUUGAAGCAUUUCUUGCACACAGCUUCUUUGUUGGGAUGAUGGAAGUUUACUCUAAGUAUUUCAUUUUCAAAUGCUCUUCCAASUAUUUAAUCUCUGCUGUUUUUUCCAUCACAUGAUAAGACUAUGGAGACCAGUGAAUCUGUAUUUCUUGUGUUCUGUAUCAAAAACUGUUCUCAAGGUUUUUUUCUUUUAUAUUUAAAGAGACUCAAGAAAAGAUGAAACUUGUGAUGUGGGUCACUCUUGUGAUGUGGGUCACAUAUAAAAGGCAAAAUUUCUCAUCUGGGAUGGAGCUGUGAUGAGUCUUGCAAUCUGAUACAAUCAAGCCAAAGCUCCUCAGAGACUAGGAUUAUGAAAAUAAUUCUAGGGACAAUUGGUAGCAUGACUCAAUCUGAAAAUACCCAUUUGGAGGCUAAGCUAUCUGGCACUCAUUUGAUAGGCAUCUGUUAAAAUGGAACUAGAAAAAAUCAGCAAAGGCCCAUCAGAUUCUACUCUUGUCUCAUGGAGGUGAAGUCAUCAUAGUGUGAUGAGCAGAAUUUGGUGUUAUAAGCAUUUGGUACUUUCYUGUAGAAACAUGAAACUCCCCUUAGAACAAAAGUUGCAAAAAUUCAGUGCAAAAGUACCAGCUGACUUAACAGAACUAGCCUGAUUUCAGUAAUAUUAAAGACAGCUAUUGCCUCAAGAAUGUGAUGGAAGACACUGGCAGCAUAGGUGGCUGCCAUUCCUCGAGUGUACCACAUCUCCUCUCUGGCCUGAGUGGGAACAGGGGCAACUAGGGAGUUAUUUCAGAAAGGUUUGGUGAAAUUAGGAAGCAGACUACUUAUGGAACCSGGCAGAAGUGGUGCUGGGGCGGUUUCCAACUGGGAGCAGGAGUUCCCACUAAAAUCAUGGUUUUUAACUCUCAAAUACCACAUGUGCACCAUAUUAAUAUUAGUUAGRUCCCUCCCUGCUGCUUAAACUAAAAUGGGAGAAUAUUUCUCAUUUGAAAAAGAGUACUAACAUACAAUUUCAUAGUGUCUCCUAGGGGAGUGAUGGAAGAGAAAAUAGAAAGGUGGUUUUGUUUCUAAUGUAGGCCGGAAAGCAGCUGCCAGGAAUUAGGUGGAGAGCAGGUAGAAAAUAUUCCACUGGAUCUUCACUAAUUAAGAAAAUUCAUAUUCCAAUUCAGACAUGUCACAGCAACAUCUCCUGUGUCCUGCUUCUAUUUUACUCUGGAGCUCUUCAGAGCAAAAUGAAGGUGGAAUCCUAUACGUAUAUAAAAGAAUUAUUUCUAUAUUGUGUUGCUGAUUACAGAAACUACCCUAAGGAAAAAGGAAAAUCUUCUGAACAGAUUUUAAAGGCUUGACAGUACUUGCAUUUUCAUAGUCCAUCCAAGUUUCAUUUGGAAACAGAUAUUUCAUCCUCCUUCACUCAUACUUCUAACAGGGCAAUCAGACCCCUGGACUGGCUUAGUGAUUUACAUUGAACCAAGAUYAACUAACAAGUGCUCCUUUUUCCAGUGGAAUGCCACCUCCUUUGAGAAUGGGAAAAGUAAAUGUGACACUGUUUAUUGUUGUCUUGAGAACUUAAAAUGUUUUAUACUGCAAGCUGUGAAUGCAGGAAGAGAAAAGAAAUUAACAGUGCUGAUCUAAUCUUAGAUUUUCUGUGUAAACUGACAUUGUGCCAGGAUACUGAUGCAAAACUGUAUUUUAGUCUAAGAAAUGUAUAGAUUUUUUAAUGUAUCAAAAUAAAGUUUUCCUUUUAAGUAAGAAAUAAAUUUCUGUG